CAGUCGAUGACAGAAGUUGUCGCACGCAAUUGAGGAGUACAGUGCAAGCGAGGUGGUCGCAGUGUGUGAUUUCUCCACACAAAAAGAUCCCCCAUUGUCCCAAAUAAAAUGCAUAGUGUUUGAUAGAAUUGGGCAGAAGAAGUGUGGGCGAUAGUGUGUGCCUUAGUGAUUAAAUCCCUGUGAAGCUAUUCUAAAUAGUGAGGCUGUAUUUUGAUAGGAAACAAUGGAGGCUCUAUCUGAGAGCAAAAAGCCGGCAAAUCCACGCGAAAAGGCUAACUUCUUCUCAUACCUUGUCUUUUGGUGGGUGUUACCGAUAUUUUUCAAAGGACGCAAACAGGAAUUAGGAGAAGAUGACAUCUAUGAGGCUCUUAAGUGUCACAAGUCUGACUAUCUUGGCAAUAAGAUGUGCAAAGCGUGGGAACGUGAGCUUGCACUUAAAAAGGAAAUGGGAAAGAAGCCUAGUCUUCUGAGAGCUGUUCUCGCUGUAUUUGGAUGGAAAAUUCUUCUUCUUGGUCUAUUUCUCGUUGCAAUUGAAUUUCUUCUCAAGGUUUCCCAGCCACUCUUUCUGGGUGGAUUAAUUGCCUACUACUCAUCGGGUGAUGGUGUUAUUCGAGAUGCAUACCUCUAUGCUGGAGCUGUGGUACUGUGCAGUGCACUCACAGUUCUCUUUAUGCACUCCUUUAUGCUCAGCAAUUUGCACGAAGGCAUGAAAUUGCGUGUCUCCAUGUGUAGCAUGAUCUACCGGAAGGCACUACGCUUGAGCAAGAACGCCCUGGGUGACACAACGGUGGGGCAAGUGGUGAAUUUGCUAUCAAAUGAUGUUGGACGUCUUGAUUUGUCAAUCAUCUUCCUGCACUACCUCUGGGUGGGACCCCUAGAGACGCUCGUUGUGACCUACCUGAUGUACAGAGAAGUUGGCGUUUCAGCUGUCUUUGGUGUCAUUUUUCUACUCCUCUUCAUCCCACUUCAGGCAUAUUUGGGCAAGAAAACAUCAGUGCUGCGUCUCAAGACGGCCCUCAGAACGGAUGAACGUGUCCGGCUGAUGAAUGAAAUUAUCCAAGGAAUUCAAGUGAUCAAGAUGUACGCAUGGGAGAAGCCAUUUGGGAAACUUGUGGAAAAAGCUAGAAUAAAAGAACUCAAAGUCAUCAGAUAUGUGUCGUACAUCAGAGGAAUCCUCCUGUCCUUCAUCAUUUUCUCCACACGCGUAUCAGUUUUUAUCAGCCUCGUUGCAUUUGCACUUCUUGGGAAUGUGGUAACAGCGGAGAAAGCCUUCGUCAUCACAUCCUACUACAACAUCCUGCGGCAAACAAUGACAAUCUUCUUCCCUCAGGGUAUUGCACAAUUAGCCGAAACACUCGUCUCGAUAAAACGUAUUCAGAAGUACAUGCUGUACAAUGAAACAGACAUUGGGCGUGAAGAAUUCACGGCGGAUGCAUCGAAUGAUUCGACAUUCAAUGAGUACGAGAAGGUGCCCAAUAGUACGCAGUCGACAAUAACUAAAGGAUCGGAUGAUAUAAAGUACAUUGAUUCCCAUGAAUCUCUCACGGAAGCAACAACCUACACGGAUGAAAAGCCAGCACUGAUGAAUGGGAAUUUGAAUCCCGUGGGGAUCACAAUAAAGUCCCUCAUGGCGAAAUGGGAUCCUCUUGUGAUGGACAAUACCCUACACGAUGUAAGUUUGCAAAUUAAACCGGCAACAUUGGUGGCAAUUAUUGGGCCAGUUGGUGCGGGAAAAUCGAGUUUAAUUCAGGCAAUUUUGGGUGAACUACCAGCUACUUCGGGGCAAAUUGAUAUCAAUGGCGUACUGUCUUACGCCUCACAGGAGCCAUGGCUCUUCUCUGGAUCCAUUCGUCAGAAUAUUCUCUUUGGGCAGCCCAUGGAGAAGAAGAGGUACCGCGAGGUGGUUAAACGAUGUGCCCUCGAGAAGGACUUCUCACUCUUUGCCAAUGGAGACAAAACCAUUGUCGGUGAACGUGGACAGUCGCUUUCGGGUGGACAGAAAGCACGAAUAAGUUUGGCAAGAGCUGUCUACAGGCAGGCAGCAAUUUAUCUUCUCGAUGAUCCGCUGAGUGCAGUAGAUACACACGUUGGAAGGCAUUUAUUUGAUCAGUGCAUGAGGAAUUUCCUUCGUGGUAAAAUUGUCAUCCUCGUCACCCAUCAGCUACAGUACCUACAGCAUGCAGAUCAAAUUGUCAUCCUGGACAAGGGGCGUAUUCAGGAUGUUGGAACGUAUGAGAGUUUGAAGGAAUCUGGUUUGGAUUUCGCCAAGAUGCUGCGUGAAUCGAAGGAAGAGGGCAAAAGUGAUGAGAAUGAGGAUAGUCGUAGUCGAAGUGGGAGCAAGACUUACCAACGGAGAAUAAGUGAGACAAGCCUGGAGUCUCUGGAUCAAACGCACGACACCCCAAUGCAGACAGAGGAGGGCCGGAAAGAGGGCUCUGUUGGCUUUGGCAUGUACAAGAAGUAUUUCCAAGCAAGCGGAGGCUUCUGUGCCUUCUACUGGAUGAUGCUCUUCUGUGUCACAGCACAACUGUGUGCCUCAGCGGGUGAUUACUUCCUCACGUAUUGGGUGAAUAAGGAGGAACAGCGCAAUGUUGAAGUUCUCCUGGCCAUGACCAGGGACAAUGCAAAUGAUUCAUUUGUUGAUGCCAGUCUACCUGGUGAUGCGUCCGUGAAUGCAACAGAAUCCAAUGGAACGGAUUUCUUCGCAAAGAUACUUAAAUAUGUCGGAGCCGAAGAUUACAACAACCACGUGGAUAUUUAUAUUUUUACAGCUCUCACCAUAGCCACGGUGGUUAUCACCCUAUCCAGAAGCUUCAUAUUCUUCAAUUUAGCCGUGAGAGCUGCAAAAGUUCUCCACAAUGCCAUGUACACCGGUGUCACCAAGGCCAGUAUGUACUUCUUCAAUACAAACCCAUCUGGGAGGAUUCUCAACAGAUUCUCCAAGGAUAUGGGACAAGUUGAUGAAUUCCUUCCAACUGUUAUGAUUGAUGUUAUUCAGAUUUUUCUCUCAUUGGCGGGUAUAAUUGUUGUCGUGGCCGUUGUGAAUUAUUGGCUCCUCAUACCAACCGUGAUAAUUGGUAUUAUCUUCUACUUCCUGCGUGAUUUCUACCUAAUAACAUCGAGAUCUGUGAAGAGAAUUGAAGCUACAACUCGAUCACCUAUUUAUUCCCACUUGGGAGCCUCCCUUACGGGCCUUUCAACCAUUCGUGCCUUUAAAACACAACGGGUUCUCGUGAAGGAGUUUGAUAGUCUACAGGAUCUCAAUAGUUCGGCAUUCUAUGUAUUCAUCUCGACAAGUCGUGCCUUUGGCUUCUGGUUGGAUGUCUUCUGUGUCAUCUACAUUGCCAUUGUGACGCUGAGUUUCUUCCUAAUGGGGGAUGCUUUUGGUGGCAAUGUUGGUCUUGCCAUUACACAAGCAAUCGGGAUGACGGGAAUGGUUCAGUGGGGUAUGAGGCAGUCAGCUGAGUUGGAGAACACCAUGACUGCUGUGGAGAGAGUUGUGGAGUACCAGACGGUCGAUCCCGAAGGGCAAUUGGAGGCAAUUGGGGACAAGAAACCACCACCAAGUUGGCCGGAGGAAGGUAAAGUGACUUUCGAUCGUCUCUCACUUCGCUACUUCCCCACAAAGGAUGCCGAUAGAGUGCUCAAGGAAUUGGAAUUUGAGAUAAAGCCACGCGAAAAGAUUGGUAUUGUGGGGAGAACGGGUGCAGGAAAGUCUUCGCUCAUCAAUGCUCUAUUCCGGCUGUCCUACAACGAGGGGAGCAUUAUUAUUGAUGCGAGGGAUACAGGGUCAAUGGGCUUGCAUGAUUUGCGGAAGAAAAUCUCAAUAAUUCCGCAAGAACCAGUCCUCUUCUCCGGAUCUAUGCGCUACAAUCUCGAUCCCUUCGAUGAGUACCCAGAUGAGAAGCUGUGGAAGGCACUGGAUGAUGUGAAACUAAAGGCAGUUAUUACGGAUCUCCCAUCGGGAUUGCAGAGCAAAAUCUCCGAGGGUGGAAGCAACUUUAGUGUGGGUCAGAGACAACUGGUUUGCCUUGCAAGGGCACUUUUGCGUGAGAAUAAAAUCCUCGUAAUGGAUGAAGCAACAGCCAAUGUUGAUCCACAGACGGAUAAUCUCAUUCAAGCUACAAUCAGGCAGAUGUUUGCUGACUGCACAGUUCUCACAAUUGCCCAUCGGCUCAACACUGUCAUGGAUUCCGAUCGUGUUCUCGUGAUGGAUGCCGGAAGGGCUGUUGAAUUUGCCCCACCAUACGAGCUUCUCACGGGCAUCAGUGGAUCUGGGAUCUUCGAAGGUAUGCUCCGUGAGACAGGCAAAGGAACAUACGAUCAACUUCUGGAGGUAGCCCGAAAGAACUACGAAAGAUCACAUCAAACAAAUGCGUGAUAACACACCUCCCCAAGAAAAAAGAAAUCCCUCAAAUUGGUGGAUUUCCGGGAGAUGAAACAUUCCCAGCAGGAUGUUUUUUUGUAGUAUUAUUAAAAUGCCCGGAUGAACACCCAAAACCUUCACAACUUGAGCACUUUCUGUCUCUGCACAGAGUGUGGCGAUUUGCUUAAAUGGAAAAAAAUGAAACUAAAAUCCAAUAUUUUUUUCAUAUUGGAGCCAAUGGUACUUAGAACUGUGAAAAAUCCUUGAUCGAUUUUUCCUUUCUUUUCUACCGCAACAGAACCCACUAUAUACUUAAGUAGAAAACUGGGAUGUGCCUUUUGUCAGCAUGUUUAUUUUUUUUUUAGAAAUUUUUUGUGAUUGUCUAAUUUUUCUCAAUUCUUAUAUAUUUUUUUAAUAGGUUUAUAUUUUUUGUCGAGAAAAAGAUUGCAAAAAAAAGUUUAGCAAAAAGGUCUUAAUUAUUUACAUACAAAAGUGAUAUAUGUAAAUCUUUGUAAAAGCCCACAGAAAUGUAUAUUAGUUAGUGAAAUAAAAUAUCAUUUUGAGAAGUAAAGCA